CAAUUGUUCUCAAGUACACUGAAUAGAAAAACAUCAAUAAUAAAUCGGUGUAUCGUAUUUUAAGACUAAAGAAUGUCCGAGGACUGGACUGAGAAAAAGUGUUCUAGCGUAGUGGUUACACAGGACGGAGAGAAGAAUAGGUUUCUAACCUGUGGAUCCGUUUCUCCUAUUUCUCAUCUCAUCUUUGAAGUAAACUCGUACGAGGAAAAUGAUGGGAGUGUAUUUCUUCCAGAUGAGGAAGUUAUUGAGAAGGAAGAAGAACAAAGAUCAAUCAGUCAGAGUUGGAAAUAUCUGGUUCUUUUCUCCUUCUGUCUGGGAAUUAUUUCCCCCCUUGGAAUCCUACUCUCCAGAAAUGAGUUGGCAGGAUGGUUAACAAGCUUGUUCAUCUUUAUUUUCUCCGCCCUAACCCUAGCUUUAUUAACUAGUGUUUGGACUUAUCAAGAUAUGCAGAAGAAAACACAGGAAAGACUACUCGACUAUCCCUGGAGCUGUAUACUACGAGGACCCGGAUGAUUUAUUUACUACUCUCUACUCAUCACCAGACAGAAUUAUUAACUACUUCAGCCCUUAAAGGGACUGUCAACGUAGUUUAGAGCGACCCCACAUGCCUGAUUUACAACAAUUUAAACCUUUAAUUUAUCAACAAUUGAAAGAUAUCAGGUUUUUUAAUCUUAAAGUUGAAAAUUCUGCCAAUUUCUUUCUUUCUUCUAUUUUAGAGAGAAAUCACAACCUAAAAUGAUCAAUUUUCAGAAAACAAAGAUAUCCGUUUCUUGUAAAUCAGACAUGUUCCGUUUCAAAAUGAACCUAACCUGAAAUUACAACGACAGUGCCUUUAAUAAUACCAUGUUUUACACGUUUUUUAUUGAUUUUAUAAUAUUUUUUUUUAUGAAAAUAGACGUAUUUAUUUUUCU